CUUGCCAUUCUCGGAAGGGGCCAGGGGAAGGCUCCCCACACGGCCUAGCCACCCAGGUCUGAUCCAGGUCCCUCAUGGGUGGAGGUUGGGUUUCUCUGGUUGUGAGUGAACUACAACUCUCAGAAACAAAGGUAAGUUCCCCUCAAAGCCCUCCAGUCAUCCACUGUAAGCAUAUCAGGCAUGUGCUCCAAAUUCAGUACCAUUCCAUGGUUGUUUGAGUUCAGAAUGCUCUUGAUUGGCAGGGGAACUAUACAUCCCAGCAACUCCUGGCUCCUGGGACCUGGCUUUUUACUUGAUGGGCGAAAGCGAGAGACAACCCCCUUCUUAACACGCAAAUAUACACAGUGGUUGACGCCUGGCUCGACAACAGUCCAUGUGAACAAGAUCCUGGAGCUGGACCUGAGCCCAGAGUGUCCUCCAGGCUACCAAGGACGAUAUGGCGGCCCGUUGUACUCCUGCGCGAACCCCAGGGACAGCCUCUCAAGCUUCUUGAGGGAAAUGGACACCUCAGCCACCCAGGUCAGCGUGAGGAACAUCAAUACCAUCAUAACCAUUCGCCGCAGAGUGUCCCAGAGCUACACAGCCACCAGCCCCACACCUUCCAUCCCCUCUGUGGCCCAGCGGCCUCCUCCUCUUCCGGAGGUGACUCUUCUUGCCCUGGUCCCGGCCAAGAAGAGGAAGGCUGAGGAAAUGGAACUGGAGCUUCAGCAAGACGAGAGGACGGGAAAGAGAAGGCCUGCUGCUCCGCUGGCGCUCCCUGUUCGGAAGUGCCUAUGUAAAAGAAAAUACUGCAACCCAGCACCGUUGCCGGCCACCUCCACCGUAUUCCUUCCCAAGCCUUUUCCAGGCUUGGAUAUUCUUCGGAGGGUGUCUUCAGGCCCCAGUCAUACCCCAGACAUCACAGGUGAGGAAGCUAAUUUCUGA